AUGAGCAGUGAUACUGAAUCGGAGGAAUACGAGAGAGAGGAACAACAGCCAAUUCCCCGGAAUAAGUCAAAGAAGAAGGAACAAUAUCCAACGCCAAAUCCGCCUCCCCGCUAUGCUUGGUUACGCCCGUGCAUGCAGAAUUAUGCGGGACGUAUCAAUCACUACAUCCGGAUAGCUAUAUUGAAGGAUGUGAAAACGUGUUUGCAGCGUUAUGGUCGUUUCGAGGAAUUUGUAUGUGGUCCGUUUGGCCACUUACAUGAUUUGAGGAGGGAGGAGAGUGCCAAUGCAGCACUGCACCAGCUUCUUGCACGAGAGCUGUAUGACCCGGAGUUUGGUGCAUGGGAGAAGUGGUUCCACGUUUGUGGACACGACAUCCGAUUUGGGACCGUCGAGUUUUGUUUGGUGACGGGAUUACACUUCGGGCCUUCCCCGCAGGGGUUUGAUCCGAAUGCGGAUCAUGAUAUUCCGAGUACAAGCUUUUUUCACAGAGUACUUCGAGGCAAGAAGACUUAUGUCAGUGAUUUGCAGAAGCGAUUCAAUAGUAAUAGGUUGGGCGAUAACCCCGAUGAUUAUUUGAAGGCUGCAAACAUCCUCGUGGCCUAUUUCAUCAUUUUUUGCCGUGAUCAGGAUUAUGUCGAUAAUUGGGUGUGGGCACUGAUUGAGGAUUCUCAGGCGUGGUUGGACUUCCCGUGGGGCUCGUACUCAUUUCAGAUUUUAUGUCAUGGGAUGUCCGUGCUGAAGAAGCACCCUUCGGAGAUUCGCGGGUCGAGGAAGACGUACCAUUUCUAUGGGCCCACAUGGGCAUUACAGAUUUGGUCAUACGAGGCCAUUCCGUCUUUGGGCAGGGCGUGUGGGUUGCGAGACACGGCCCUGCGGUUGCCCCGAUGUUUGAUGUGGACGACUUGGAAGUCAUCCGCUGACUUCACCCAUUUUUUUGAUCAGGAGCGCGAAUGUUACCCGAGACUGGCGCCGACUGAAUUGGAGACUGAGCAGCUUUAUUAUAACACCCUCCUGAUUGGUCAGACAUUAGAUGUACGAUUCCAUCCUGGAGGGAGAUAUGCCGGAUUGAGGGAACCAGUUCUACCCGCGCCGCCUUCUCCUAUUAUUCCUAGGCGUAUGGCGAGAAGUAGCUCACGAACAGAGAAGGCUCGUGGCAAGAUGCCCGAGGUUGUUGAGCGUCAGAGACGCUCGUUUGGUGCUCCGACUGGUAGCCCGUCGAAGAGGCGUAGGCCUCAGGAGUUUGAGCCAGGGCCAGAUGCAGAGCCAGAUCAUGUGUGCUGUGAGCACGCGUCGUGGGGUCGGCGGGACGAGGAGCUGAUUUCUCGUGUCACCCAGAGUGUGACACGAGAGGUGACUGACAGUGUGCGGCGCACUCUUGUAGAAGACGAGUCAGAGCAUGGAUUGAUUGCUCGAGUGACUCGACGUGUGGUAGCCGCGAUGCAUGAUUUCUUUGGGCGACGUUCGAGGAGGUCUCGAAAAUCGUCAUCCAGCCACGUUGGACGUGGGAGUGAGGAGUGUGAGGGGCCGAGGAUCAGUCACAGACGGUCUACCUCUCAUAUUGUUGAGGAGCGGCCUCGGGGCAGUCAUCGACGAUCAUCUCAUCACGAUGAUCGUCCUCUUGCGAGCCAGAGGCGAUCAUCUCAUCACGAUGAUCGUCCUCUUGCGAGCCAGAGGCGAUCAUCUCAUCACGAUGAUCAGGCUAGGGGGAGCCAGAGGCAAUCCGCCUCACAUCACAGUGAAAGGCAGCCAUCUUUGAGGCGAUCUGCCUCUCAUCGCGCAGAGACAUCAGCUCGUCAGCCGAGUCCAGUGACGCCUAAUCCUGGAGAGAGAGAUGACGAUGUCCAGUUCAGCUGGACUACUGACGAGGAAGAGGCCGAGGUUGCUGGGAGGCCACGACGCACGAUUAAGCCGUCUGCUCUUCUUCAGAGUCCGUAUGUGACUGAUGGCCCACUUGACACUCCUAAGGCAAAGAAGGUUGCUUUCUGCCGAUUCAGACAGAUGGGCGACGAUGCAUGUGUUCCGGUAUUGGAGACUGGAUAUAUGAUGACCCAGGCCUUUUUUGGACGUAUUUUGGAUCGUCGUGCCGAGUUCGAUGCUGAGAUUAUAGACCUCUGGAUUUUGAAGCAAAAUCGAAGGAUCAGAGUCAACCAGGAAUAUAUAGGGGAUCGAGGUCGGUCUAUGCUCCAGCCGGGUAUUAGUCGACAUAGGACUUCACUGGCUUCAACCAAUUUUUAUAAUACCCUAUAUAGAGAGUACGGUAUGCUGCAUCCGGAGGAUCCCCAUGGGAAUAACAUACAAGCGCAGAAUGCAUACACACAUUGGGACGUGCCCGACAGUCUCAUCACAAUGUUCCAGGGAACUGAUGCAGAUCAUACAUGGCCUUGGCUGGAGGCUAGUGAGGUCAGCUUAGUAAUUCUUAAGGGCAGGGUCACACAACGUCGCCAAGCUUCGAUGAGGUGCAUUUGUCGUUUGAUGCCUAGAUUGUUGCAUGCUGUUGGGUAUUGGGAAAACAAUCGCCACAAGUUUGUUCAUGCUGCCUCUUCAGAGAUGGCGUAUGUGAUGAUGCCGAUCAACCAACAAUUCGUGCAACAGGACGUCAUUAGUUGUGGUGUGUAUGCAUGUGCAUACUUAGACCGGUUGAUAUGUGGAACCCCGAAACAUAGCCACUUGAAAACCAUUAGGGAUGUAGAAAAAUAUCGCUACAUUAUAGCUUGUAGGAUAUGGGAAUUGUGUACCCCAAUUCCCUCUGCUUUGUAG